GUGAAGUUCACAAGAUCAGCGCCGGGCUUAACAAAUUGGGGAACAAGUUUGCUGUCAUCAACUGGUCCCUGCAGUUCGAGAAAGUGAUUCACGACAAACGGUCUCUUCUUGGCUACGUGGUGUACUAUCGUGAGGCCCCGUUCCAAAACGUGACACUCUAUGAUGGUCGGGAUGCUUGCAAAGAAGAUGUGUGGAAGGUGGUUGAUGCAGAUGUAGGUGUUGAAAACCAGAUCAUUGCCCACCUAAAGCCAUUCACGCAGUACGCUGUCUAUGUCAAGGCCUACACACUGUUCACAACAACCUCAACACAAGGAGCACAGAGUGACAUCUUUUACUUCAAGACCCUUCCUGCAGCACCAAGCCAGCCUCAGAACUUAAAAGCACAUCCUGCUAAAGACUCAAAACUUGUCAUCAGCUGGACACCACCGAAGCACCCCAACGGGGAUGUACGGUACUAUCGGGUGGUGGGCAUAGCCCAGCCCAGUGCUCCUCAACACCAGUACUUGGGCGAGAGCCGAGACUACUGCAUCGACCCGGCACUGGGAUUUCGGGGCAAGCCGGAUGGUAAAGAUCCACUAGCCCCCACAUCGUCAGAGCCUGCUGAGAAGCCACUUGCCAAGCCCACUGACACUUCGCCUGCCAAGGCGCCAUCAAAUGACACCUGCCCACCGUGCCAGAGUGCUCGGGACCGUGAGGUCAAUGAGGAAGAAGUUGAGGAUCGGACGGGCUUUGAGGACGCCAUACAUAAUGUCGUCUUUCAAAAAAGGCCAGACGCGAUCAAACCAGCAGAAAGGCACAAGCGCUCGUACCUCCAAGGAGAAAGUGAGACAGGGCGUGACAACGGCCUGGAGGGAGAGAGCGCAAGCACUGCGGAAAUCACCACUUCCCCAUCGCCACUGUCCCUGCCCUCGUCGGCACUCCUUCCAACUCCCUUGACCUCGCCCGCUGCUACAGCCGGUGGAGGAAACGGAGGCUCCUCCAUCAAGGACAUGCUGGACGUCUUCGACGUGUGUGGUUCGUCUAAUGGCAAUGCAUCCUCCGCGGAACACCACUUUUGUGCUUGGGUGUCAAAUCAGACACAGAUGCUGCAAGAAGGACUGCACCACUUCACGGAUUACUCGAUACGGGUCCUUGCUUGUCACAAGAGGUUGCUGGGCCGGGACAACAAACCUCUCUACACUUGUGACACUAAUGCGAAGUUUGGGAAUGAGUUAAUGUGUUGCAGCUUCGAGUCCCUCACACGGAUUCGCACACUUCCUCUAGCUGAGGCAGAUGACAUCGACAGCUCUUCGGUGGUGGUCCAGCACGAAAAUACCACCUCCUCUGAUGGAAGCGCCGGUGGCCUCUUUGUCAAGUGGGCACCGCCGCCAGAUCCCAAUGGUUUCAUUGUGUCCUAUCAAGUCGAGUACAAAAUGGUCAACCAAGAAAAGUUCAAGCCGUUCCAGUUCUGCGUCUCCCACAGUGAAUUUUUUAGACACGGUGGGCGUGUUAUUCAUGGCCUUGCACCGGGUAACUACUCCUUCCGUGUGAUGGCUUCAUCGCUGGCUGGACCUGGAAACUGGACCCGUCCGGUUUACUUCGUUAUUGCUGAACGCACGGAAGUGAUCUCCCAAGGAGCCAUAAUUGCCAUCUGCCUCGUGGUCGUGGCCAUCGUGGCCGCAGCUGCUGCAGUCAUGUGCUUCAUCUACCAGAAGAAGAAACGAAACCCAGAGGUUCCCAAUGGGCUUCUUUACUCUUCAACAAAUCCAGAGUAUGUCAGUUCAGUGUAUGAACCCGAUGAAUGGGAAGUGCCCCGCGAGUCCAUUCAAGUGGUGAAGGCACUGGGCCAGGGUUCCUUUGGCAUGGUCUACGAAGGACUCAUCUACAACUUGAAGCCAGACAAACCAGAGACGAGGUGUGCCAUAAAGACGGUCAAUGAAAGUGCCUCAAUGCGUGAACGAAUAGAAUUCCUCCAAGAGGCAUCUGUCAUGAAGGCCUUCAGCUGUCAGCAUGUGGUCAAACUGCUAGGUGUGGUGUCCAAGGACCAGCCUGUGUUCGUCCUAAUGGAACUCAUGUCACACGGUGACCUGAAGACUUACCUACGCUCACACAGGCCAGACAAUGAUCCUAACGACGAGGCCACUCAACCGCGAGGCACUCCUCCCACGCUCAAGCAGAUCCUCCAGAUGGCAGCAGAGAUAGCCGACGGAAUGGCGUACCUGACAGCGAACAAGUUUGUGCACCGGGAUCUGGCCGCUCGCAACUGCAUGGUGGCGGAAGACCUGACAGUCAAGAUUGGUGACUUUGGCAUGACGCGAGACAUCUACGAAACAGACUACUACAGAAAGGGGGGCAAGGGCCUGCUCCCCGUACGCUGGAUGGCCCCUGAAUCACUCAAGGACGGAAUCUUCACCAGCCAUUCGGAUGUCUGGUCAUACGGAGUAGUGUUGUGGGAGAUGGCGACGCUGGCCUCCCAGCCUUACCAAGGUUUGUCAAAUGAGCAGGUUCUAAAGUAUGUCAUCAGUGGUGGUAUCAUGGAGAAGCCGGAAAACUGCCCUGAAAAACUGUACCAGAUCAUGAAGCUGUGCUGGGAGCGCAUCCCACGGUCAAGACCAAAUUUUGUGCAAGUCAUCGAGAUGCUCUUGAACGACGUGGGACCUCACUUCAAGGAGGUCUCCUUCUACCACACCUGCUACCUCAAGAACAAGGAGAGGCGCUCCUCAAUGCCCACAGACAAGAAUGCUGCUGGCGCCGCUGCUGCUGCUGCUGACUUCGACGAGGAAGAAGAGGAGGAGAACCUGACGGCAGAGACUCCUCUCUGCAAUGCUCCAACCACUGCUUCAGAGCAGCGGCCUCGUGGCUUCAUGCCAGACGUGUCGUCACUCAACGACAUGGAUGAAGACCACCUGCAGCGAUGUUUCUCCGACGAGAUAGAAGACGACGACGACCCCGACAUGGACGCGGCCGAUCUAGCGUUGGACUUGGCUGCCGGUGACCCGCCCGUGUCAGUGUAUGUGCCACCGUCGCAUGGUGGACAAAAUUCUCCUCUGCGCGAGCAGGAGCAGCAGCAGCGGCCAGGUGACGAGCUCCCUCCCUCUGACGGGAGCAAGGGGAGUAAGGUGAGCAACCUGUCCAACGGGAGCAUUGUGAAUGGACGCAUGUGCUUUCCGCAGCUUGGAAGCCGGACUACUGCGUGCUAGCACUGGGCCACCUGAGAGCUCAGAGGGUCUAAGGGUUUUCUGCGACACGGCGGGCAUGCCAGGUGGUCAAGGGGGGGAAGGGGUUCCUCCCACAGGCAGGUGCAUUGCGCCAUCCCUCGCCUUCUGCCAUCACCAAUGUUCCUGUUCGCUCGCCAUGCGGGAUGGCGGGCUUCUCUCAGGCACCACCUGGGCUGCUUCACUCUCAUCAGCCACUCCACACGACAGGGGCCAUUGCACUGGCGAAAAAAGAAGGCCCGACAGAGUGCACCAUGUGUUUGUGUUGGUCCUGAUGUGACGCGCCUGCUGCCGCAAGGUCCUUAUAGUAGCACACUUACUUAACGCUGCUAAAGAACACACUGCGGAGAUGCUGUGUUCUCGCGUUCCUUAGGUGUUGGCAGAGCAUGUGAAUAUAAAGUCUGUGGCAGUUCUUGCGUGCCACCGAGGAGAGUCUGGGUCACCGUUGAAACAACCAAUAGGGGCUGCCACAAGUGUGUCAUGCUGUAGGGCAGGGCGGCUGCCGUUGAAGGCCUCAUUAGUUGUUCCAACUGUUGUGACGAAAGUGUAGCUGUAUGAGAUUUCUUACAGAAUGUCACUGUAACAGCUGUGUGCUCCUUCUGAGCAAGUCUGUAGUGCUUAUUCCAGCACCUGAAAGUGUCACUUUGGCUACGAAUCACUGCUGCAGAUGCUCACACCUCAUUCGCUUUGUCAUCAGCACAGAGGUGCGCUGAGCUCCACUCACAAUUUAGACGAAGGGGGCCGUCGUUGCUGCGGUCAUUGGUCCACUGUGUGUUCUGGAUGUGUUUAAGCAUGUCUCAAUUGAACACAAGACACAAAUGCCUGCCAUGUAUCGUGGAGACAUGUGUCCAGUUGCAGUCCAUCAUACAGCCUGACAUUCAUGCUGUAGCGGCAGUAACAUUAGCAAUUCGCUGCCUAGCCAUUCUGGUCGUUGAUUUGUAACAGCACGCGUUGCAGUAACAGACCGUUCAAUUACUGCAUUGUACCCUUUUAUCAUAGCAGGAACUAUCUGAGGACCUUUUUGUGACUGGGCACAUUCGGCUGCUUUGAGACCACGCAACACAACAUUUCUGAAAUGCUUAACUCCUUACAUGGUUUCUAGGGUGGUCGAGAGAAAUGCCCAUCAUGUAGUUCCUUAUGCCAGCAGAUGAGGCUGCAGUUGCACUGACUAUUACCAUCGCUAUUGGGGUGGCAAGGAAAAGGAGCUUGUAUUGAGGAAGCUUGCCCUUCAUAAGUGCAAGAAAUUUCAUGAUCAAAAUGCUGUGGAUCUUGUCUAUCAAAAGUGGCCACAACGUUGCUGCACGCGGGCCGCACAGUUUGUGCUAUUUUUUGCAAGAGCACCGAAGCAGUCAUCUUUCUAAAAAGAUCGAUUGCAGUAUCUUUGGCAUUUGGGGUCAUUAGGCAUACUCUUUGUCGUGGAACUGUUUUACUUUUGAAGGUGGUGGUUUCAGCCCAGGGCUUUUGACAACACACUUUCAGUAUGACAAAACUGGCCACUUUACUUUUCGUGACAUGUCCAUUUAGCCUAAAGUGUCAAUCUUGGCAAGCAUUGUGUUGGCAUGACUGUUUGACAUGUAAACACAAUACCAUUUGAGGCAUUGAGAGAGUUUGAGGCUUCAACUACAUGCAUGUUUUCCUUCAGUUAUUCUCAUAAACUAAUUUCAUUACAUUGUAUUCUCACUGAACAAAUGUAUUUAGGGUCACUGCAUUCAUGUUAUGUAGCACUUCCGCACACUACCUGCUUUGGGAAUUUUCCCAUUUCACUGAUAUACACUAGCCUUGUAUGUUUUACACUCCUCUGCUUCAAUGUCAAACCUUUUUGUUCGAAGAGGAAGGGGUUAGGGCAACAGCACAAGGUAUAUAAGCGGGUAAUGCAUCUUCGUGUGGCAAAAGAAAUCUUAUCUUUUUUUUUUUUUACUCAAAUCAUCUUUCUUUCACAUUUUUUUUUUGCCUACAUGCAACUGGUUGGCCCUUCAUCGUGCCAGCAGCUUCACGUUUUUAAGUAUUUUAUGCCAUGACGGUCAUCACCACAUCUAGUCACAUCUUUUGCUUCAUUCUCCGUUUGUACGUAACUAUGUAAAAUAGCUUCACUGAGCUUGGC